CUGUCUCUAGAGCUGGGUUCAGCACAGUAUGUACCAAUAGCUGAGUCCUGCUUGCUUAUACAAAUGUAUCUAAAGGCGCUGUUCCUGGAACAUCACAGGGUUAAUUUCCCAUCCAGUCUAAGUGGGGCUUGUGGUAAUGCAAACCCCGAGACCUGCUUUCUAACCGCCCAGGAGCCUCAGCAAGAAGCUGGACAAUAGUCCCAAAGAAAUCCUCACUGGACACCUUCCUGUUUCCUGUGGGUUGUUAACUUGAUCGGCUGCAGAGAUGAAUGUUGUCCAGUUGGUAGCAGGAACAGUCUUCCUGACCUCUGUGUUUUCAGCCUGUUCCGGACAAAAUCCAAUGACUGUGCUGUGCUCCAUAGACUGGUUCAUGGUCACGGUUCAACCCUUCAUGUUGAACAACGAUGUGUACGUACACUUCUAUGAGUUACACCUGGGCCUGGGUUGCCCUGCCAACCACGUUCAGCCACACGCCUACCAGUUCACCUACCGUGUUACUGAAUGUGGCAUCAAGGCCAAGGCCAUCUCCCAAGACAUGGUUAUCUACAGCACUGAGAUGCACUACGCUUCUGUGGGCACAUCCUCUCGGUAUGCGAUCCCAGUGUCGUGUAUUGCUCCUCAGAAAUCACCCUGGUUCACUGUGCCUGCCUCCAUGACAGUGGCCGGGGAAGGAGGAGCCACGGCCUCCACCGAUGACACAGGCCACAAGGUGUUCACCUUGGCACAGUCUGACUCUGACGAAGUGACUGACCAUGCUUGUCUACCUUGUGUCGUCACUGAACAAGAGCGCCCCCCAGCUCCGUAUCACGAAAUAGAGAUUGAGGAGGAUCCUCCUGCGCAGUCCUCUCCCUUUGUCGAUAUUUCUGAGGAUGUUUCUGCUUACUUGACUUGAUCCCUAUCUUUGCGCGCGGGGGUGGGGGAGGGGCUCAUGAAAAUGUUGUUUCUAGAAUUCUAUGUAGUAUUUACUCAUGUCAGAUGAAUAAGUGCCCUUGUGGCUCUCUUAUGACCACUUUGGAGAACGGUCGACCCAUCACAAUGUCAAGAA